CAAUUAUACAAUUCAAGGAAUAAUCUCCAUCUUCUCCUGGUUUUGGGAUCUCGAUACUGCGUCUCUCGUCCUCCUUCUCCUUCUCCUUCAGCAACACUAAUCGUCAUCAUGGCCAAGAGCUCUUUUAAGACGGAACACCCUCUCGAAAGGAGACAGGCUGAAGCUGCUCGCAUCAGAGAAAAAUAUCCGGAUAGAAUACCGGUAAUUGUGGAAAGGGCUGAAAAGAGUGACGUGCCUGACAUAGAUAAGAAAAAAUAUCUGGUCCCUGCUGAUCUGACUGUUGGUCAGUUUGUGUAUGUGGUCCGGAAGAGGAUCAAGCUUACCCCUGAGAAGGCUAUUUUUAUUUUUGUCAAGAACAUUUUACCACCCACAGUCCUAUUUCUAUUGGUGCAGCGGCCAUAAUGUCUGCAAUUUAUGAAGAAAAUAAGGAUGAAGAUGGUUUCCUUUACAUGACCUACAGCGGUGAGAACACAUUUGGUAUAUUCUGAGAUGCAAUGAAACUGUAUCUAUGUGAACAAAGCUUGCAAUGCAAGAUGACAGGAAGACUCACGAUAAGUUGUAAAUUCUCUUUCCUUUAGCACAAUGUUCUCUUUUAGGGAAUAUAUUUUUCCUGCAAUUUGUAAUAACUAAGACAAUCAAAUUCUACUUUCUGCAUUUACAUUUUUUGGGCAUGGGUGAGUAUCUAUA